GUUAGCCAAACCAAGCCAAGCCCGUUUGAGCUCGAGUUCAGCUGCCGAAGAUUUACGGGCCCGGUGUCGGUCUGGCAGCUCUAUCAGCGAGACGUCAGAAAGUGUGCCAUUCGCUUACAAAAGCCAAAUACAACGUCCAGCUGGCUUGCGGUGCUGUGGAUAUGCCGUAGCUCUCACUUGCAUUCUUGCGCGCAGCCUGCUCGGUCCGUUUACCGAUCUUGUGCGUACUCGCGCCCCAACACAGCCAAGUUUCGAUGGGAGGUGCGGCUCUAGCUUUCCUGAACGCACUGCUUGCUAACUCCUAACGUUGAACUAUACGCUGGGAAAACCACUACAGCCGCAAGUCUUCGCGGAGGUGUUGGAGAAGUUCGGCAACCCCUGUUGGCAAUUGGCCUUGAUGUAGCCCGUCCUGUGCAAAAAGCAGAGACCAAGCCGCCCUGGCUUGAAUCAACUGCAUUCUCACUUGUGCGACGGACGGGCGAACACUUCGAAUAUGUGCGACUUGAUCGGCACUUCGAGCUUGCUCCACAUUGGAGACAUUGUCUCUCUCUACGCCGAGGGUACCGUCUCCGGUUUCCUGUGCACUUUAGGCCUGGUCGAUGACCGGUGCGUGGUGCAGCCAGAGGCUGGGGAUCUGGCCAUCCCGCCCAAAAAGUUUCGAGAUUGCCUUUUCAAGAUGUGCCCCAUGAACCGGUAUUCGGCCCAGAAGCAGUUCUGGAAAGCAGCCAAGCAGAGUGCCUCCAGCGCAACAGAUGCCGUGCUGCUGAAAAAACUGCAUCACGCUGCCGAGUUGGAGAAGAAGCAGAAUGAGAGCGAGAAGCGAAAGCUGGUGGGAGAAGUGGUGCAAUACGGAGGGGUGGUGCAGCUUCUGCAUGUCAAAAGCAACAAGUACCUGACCGUCAACAAGCGGCUGCCUGCACUGCUCGAGAAGAACGCCAUGCGUGUCUCCCUUGAUGCCAAUGGCAACGAGGGCUCUUGGUUUUACGUUGUCCCCUUCUACAAGUUGCGUUCAACGGGUGACAGUGUGGUUGUAGGUGACAAAGUGGUGCUGACCCCAGUGAAUGCAGGCCAACCACUGCAUGCCAGCAACCAAGAGCUGCCUGACAACCCAGGCUGCAAGGAGGUAAAUGCUGUGAACUCAAACACGAGUUGGAAGAUAUCACUGUUCAUGGAACACAAGGAGAAUGUGGAUGAUGUACUGAAAGGGGGAGAUGUGGUGCGACUGUUCCAUGCGGAGCAGGAGAAAUUCCUGACGAUGGAUGAGUACCGAAAGAAGCAGUAUGUGUUUCUGCGGUCCACAGGACGCACCACUGCAACAGCAGCCACCAGCUCCAAAGCCCUGUGGGAAGUGGAAGUGGUACAGCAUGACCCCUGUCGUGGCGGGGCAGGACAUUGGAAUAGUCUCUUUCGCCUCAAGCACCUCGCCACGGGCCAGUAUCUAGCUGCUGAGGUGGAUGAAGACCCGACCCCUGACCCAACACGGGCCAAGCUGCGGGGCCCACCAGGGAGCCCCGUGUACUGCCUCGUAGCUGUGCCACAGAGUAGCGACAUUGCCUCCAUCUUUGAGCUGGAUGCGACCACACUCUCCCGUGCUGAUGACCUGGUGCCCCAGUCUUCCUAUGUGCGCUUGCGCCACUUGUGCACCAACACCUGGGUGCACAGCACAGCCAUUCCUAUUGACCGAGAUGAGGAACGGCCCGUUAUGUGGCGCCUGGGAUGUGCGCCGGCCAAAGAGGAUCGGGAGGCCUUUGCAGUGGUGCCAGUGUCAGCUUCUGAAGUGCGGGAUCUUGACUUUGCCAAUGACGCUUGCCAGGUUUUGCAGACGCUGGUUGGUGCUUUGGAAAGUGGCCGUGCAGGUGUCACGGAGCGUCGUUCGCUGCUUCAACUGCUUCAGGAAGUCAUCUAUUUCACGGCCAGUCGUGAGGGAGAUCCAAACAAGUCCGACCCUCUCGAGCUAGUUGUGACCAAACCGAACCGGGAACGUCAAAAGCUGCUGCGUGAGCAGAAUGUGCUUCGGCAGCUGUUCCACAUCUUGCAGGCGCCAUUCACAGACAAUGGGCAGGGCCCACUGCUGCGCAUGGAGGACCUUGCAGACCCGCGCUAUGCACCUUACAAGCACAUGUGCCGUCUCUGCUAUCGUAUCCUGAGACUGUCCCAGCAGGACUACCGCAAGAACCAGGAGUACAUUGCCAAGUGGUUUGGGUUCAUGCAGAAGCAGAUUGGCUAUGAUGUGCUGGCCGAAGACACCAUCACUGCGCUGUUGCACAGCAACCGCAAGCUUCUUGAGAAGCACAUUACUGCGGCUGAAAUCGAGACAUUUGUCAGUUUGGUGCGCCAAAACAGGGAGAGUCGUUUUCUCGACUACCUUUCAGACCUCUGCAUUUCCAACAAGCAGGCCAUCCCUGUCACCCAGGAGCUCAUCUGCAAGGCUGUGCUUUCACCCCACAAUGCUGACAUCCUUAUUGAAACCAGGGUGGUCCGCAGCCAGGUUGAGCUGGAGAUGGAAGGGGGCCCACCCACCUUGGCUGUGGAGGAGCAGGUGCUGCUUCUGUGGGACAGCGGCCGGGAGGCGCGCAGCAUCGUGGAGUUGGCACAGGACACGGAGUGUCUGAGUGCACGAGCCACGCUCGACUACUACAGGCAUCAACUCGACCUGUUCUCAGGCAUGUGCUUGGACAGGCAGUACUUGGCCAUCAACAGCCUGUCGCCUCACCUGGAUAUAGAGCUGAUCCACAAGUGCAUGGCAGAUGAAAACCUGCCAUACGAAUUGCGGGCAGCCUUUUGUCGACUGAUGCUGCACAUGCAUGUGGACAGGGACCCUCAGGAGCUCAUCACACCUGUCAAGUAUGCACGCCUCUGGUCCGACAUUCCUGAGCAGCUUUCUAUUCAGGAGUAA